CUACAACAGAGGAAGUUGGUCAAUAUGGGAAAACCCCCAAGCACACGAAACACAACCAAAAAAAAAGCUCAUUACGGCUAGUCUGACGAUUCAUUUACCAGUGCUGUUAAAGUGGCGCUUUGGUUUUAAAACGAAAGAGAAGCGGUGUAUUCGAGUGUAGGGCAGGGUAGUGUUUGUAAAGAACCAGGAGCAGUGAGUAUGAGCUCCAGUAUGAGCUCCAGUAUCACCUCAGAGACAUUAGUGCGGAAGCUGAGCCACUCCACUCUGCGAAAACUCUCUGACUUUCUGGACCCACAAGACGCGUGGAAAAGUAUCCUUGUAGACAUACAGAAGGACACAGGAGAGCCGAGGUACACCCAGUUACACCUCAGGAGAUUUGAGAGGUUGGUGACCCAAGGUAAAAGUCCUACAGUGGAGUUGUUGUAUGAUUGGGGUACCACAAACUGCACAGUCGGGGAACUGGUGGAAAUUCUGAUCAGACACAAACUUAUCGCACCUGCCAGAGUACUACUGCCAGAUAUAACUGCAGCACCUGUUGCCACACAUUGGAGAGCAGUCGAGGAUCCACCCACUGAAUAUCACCGGGAGCAGACUCAGCUUUGUGCAGUAAAAUUGGAUAAAGCACAGCUAAAAGAAGAAACGCCUAGCACGUUGCCUGACAGCACCACAAGACCGGAGGAGAGUCAAGAGCCUGAUGAAGAAGGUUUCUGCUCCUUCACAUAUCGUGAGCUGACACGAAUCACAGGCAACUGGGAUGAACGGCCAGCUUCAUUGGGAGGCAGCAGACUGGGGGAGGGUGGCUUCGGAAUCGUUUUCAAGGGUCUGCACAACAUCAAGCCUGUGGCAGUAAAGAAAUUGAAUUUGGUAGAUGACCUGUCUCCUGAGGAGCUCAGGUCUCAGUUCAAUCAAGAGAUUCAAACACUAAAGAUGUUAAAACAUGUGAACCUGGUGAAUAUGGUCGGUUAUUCCAGUGACGGCCAGUAUCCAUGUUUAGUCUAUGCUUACAUGUCUAACGGUUCAUUAUUGGAUCGACUAGCAUGUUUGGACGGAAGCAGUCCUUUGUCCUGGCAAGUGAGGUGUGCUAUAGCACUUGGAAUAGCCAGAGGCCUCGAGUACCUUCACAACAACAACCACAUACAUAGAGAUGUGAAAAGUGGGAAUAUCUUGUUGGAUGAAUCGUUCGUUCCCAAGAUUUCAGAUUUUGGUUUAACGCGUGCAUCGGCUAAGCUUUCAUGCACGACGGUGAUUACCGAGAGAAUUGUGGGUACGACGGCUUACAUGGCACCAGAGGCCCUGAGAGGAGAGAUCACCCCAAAAUCAGACGUCUUCAGCUUCGGAGUGGUGCUGCUGGAAAUUCUGUCUGGACUCCCUCCUGUCGAUGAAAACCGGGAUCCAAAACUUCUGAUGGAGAUGAAGGAUGAGAUCGAGGACGAGGAGAUCACACUGGAGGAGUUUAUAGAUAAGAAAAUCCUGGAUUGGGAUAUGGAGUCUGUGGAAAGGAUGUACAACGUGGCCAGCCAGUGCCUGAAUGAAAGGAAGAACAGGAGGCCACUGAUGAACGAGGUGAUUGCUGAGCUGGAGGGAUCUUAAAUCUUGAUCACCUAGACCCAACACAGAGCGAUGAGAGACUGAACUCUGAAAUGUUAUGUAAAUAUUUGUACUUUAUGGCCUUAUUAAAGAAAUUCAAACUAAUCAACAAGUGGUUUGAUAUUAUUAUUCAAUGAAAUAAGAAGUCGUUUGUGAUUUUAAAUAUUUUUUUAUUCUUUAAAAAACAAAACAUUACAGAGAAAAACACUCUCAAGACCACCAAACAUGAGACAUAAUUCACUAUAUAAUUCCAUUUACAUGAUUGUUGGCUCGUGCAGAUGUUCAACAGUGGUUUAUCGCACAUUUGGUUUGGCUUAUAUAUCGUCAUGCUAGUAGUUUUCCUGACACCUUGUGCUACAUUGUACAAAGUACACACCAGUGCCUGAGAAAAAGCAAUAAUAGCCAUAAAGUGAGCAAAUUAUUAUCGUAACUGUUUAUUUCAAGUAAUUCACUGAAUACAAAUUCUAAAGCCAAUUCAUCUCAUCAACUGUUUUUUUUUUUUUCCUCUCAUCUAAACAGUGUAAAGUUUCACACGAAGCAUAUAUUGCAGCUUCACUUUUUACCCAGUGUGUCGAGAUGUUUAUACAACUCUGGGUUUACUGACUGCUGUUUGUUUUUUUCAUUACCAGUAGCUAUAUUAAACAGAAUGCCAAUCUAACCCAUGCUACGGACAUGAAAACAAGUCCGAAUUCUAUGCAACUGCAUUAAAAUGUACAUCACUUGCAUAGGAAAAAACACUUUUUUCUUUCUUUCUUGGCAAAUGGGAACAUGAGCACGUGACAGUCAAGUCAUAUCAAAAAUGAUACUUUUAUUGUGAUAUAAAAAGCAGUGUCUAAUGUUAAAAUAUCUGUGACCAGAGUUCAUAAAUGUGAGCAUACAGUGUUUGGUGUUGUGUGGAAUACAUCUAUAACUUAAGCCUCAUGUAAAAAAUACUUCUUUACAGACAUUAAAGUUGGAAUUUUUUUUUUAAAAAAAGAAAGAAAGAAAUGGGUUUUGUGGAGGUCUUUUUGUUCUUGAUCACAUUUCAGAGCGUACAUGCUCAUGCUAAAGUAGUAAUCGUCCAAUAAUAUAACAAUUCUUACUGCACUCGCUGACCUUCAUAAGAUUUUCAAAAUGGUACAUUCUACUGAUGUAAAUGGCGCCUUCCUAUAAUGAAUAUGUUAUACCAACAUUCAUGCUGGUGUUUAUAAACAUGUAAAUGUGUAGUAUUUACUACAAUGAUGCCAGUGUGUCGUAUGUAUGUUUUAUGGUACUGCAUUUAGAGUAAGAUUUGAUUGUGCACUCCUGGCAUUAAUAAACACUUUUUGUUCACGUCA